AUGGCUACGGCGAAUUAUUCUCAAACUUCAAAUACUCUAGAAGAAUGUUCAAUAUGUUUAAGUCCAUUAACUCAACAAGGUGUGGAUGUUUAUACAACAGCAUGCCUACAUAAAUUUCAUUUCCAAUGUUUGGUCAAGAAUGUCCAAGCACGAAACAAUGAGUGUCCUUUAUGCAGAGCACAUCUCGAUUCAUUAGUAGAUAUUCUUAAUGCCACAUCGACAGCUGCAAGCACGCAAGCAAUUCAAAAUAUUCCAACGCCAAUACCAGCACCGACACAAGCUCAACCGCCAGCAACGAACACAGGUGUUUGGGCGACACUAACGAAGUCAAUGAGCAAUGCAUUUGGCUGGAUUAGUGGAUAUUCGACAAGACCUGCUUCUUCGUCUCAUGCACACAAUUCUACCCGUCGCUCAAUUCUAUCUAGCCCUAUGCCUUCAUCAGACGAUUCCAUCAAUCAAGAAGCUGUUACAGCUCUUUCAAAUCGUAUUAAUGCUGCCAGACAGCAAUCCAUCGAAGGUCACACUGCAUUUCCUUUGAUUAUUGCAACUACUACAUUAGAAUUCGGUGGUCAAGAAUCAACAAAACAAUCAAAUAUCUAUGGAAUGGUUACACUAAAAGCUCCAUCAAUACUUUCAAAUAAAGCAACAGAAAAAGAGCUCGAUGAAUUGCGUGUUCCGGUUGACCUUGUUUGCGUUGUUGAUCAAAGUGGUUCAAUGCAAGGCCAAAAAAUAGCUUUAUUGAAAGAAACAUUGAAUUAUAUUGUUGAUCAGAUGGGUCCAUUAGAUCGAUUGGCCAUUAUAUCUUUCGAUACUAAGGCGUUUGAUCGAUCACACGGUCUCAAAUUAAUGACCACAGAAAAAAAACAAACUCUUCGAAAUGCGAUCACAGAAAAUAUUCGAGCCGCUGGUGGUACGUAUAUUGGUAGUGGUCUUGAUAUGGCAAUUAAAUUGUUAAGAAAUCGUCGAGCUACGAAUCCACUAGGUGCUAUGCUUGUUCUAACCGAUGGUCAAGAUAAUGAACGUCAUGAUUAUUCAAAUUUGAUGGAACAACUGCCAGAAGGUGUUGUUUGUCACACGUUUGGUUAUGGAUCUGACCAUAAUGCUGCUGUACUUUCUCAAAUAGCUGAACAAGGUCAUGGAGGUACUUUCACAUAUAUUGACCAAGUCGAUGGACUUGGUUAUGCAUUUGCAACCGCACUGGGAGGAUUGUUUACGUGUAUUGCAAAACAAUUACGCAUUAAACUGGAGUUUAAUGGCGAUUAUACAGUCACGCAUGCACAUACAACUUACUCGUAUGAACCGCAUCAGCUUCCAUCUCGUCAUAUCACAUUCAGGAUGACUGAUCUAAAUGCUGAUGAAACUCGAAACCUUAUCUUUCAAGUGGAUGUACCGAAACUGAAUGCAUCAGACGAAAAUAAUCCAAUCGAUGACACUAUCGGUCAUGUAUCUCUUGAAUAUAUUGAUGCUAAUACGAAUCAGACAAUCCGUACAGAACCUGUUCCUUUUGUACUUGCUCGUCCAAGUCAAAUAGCUCCUCAAUCGUCACUUUUAAAAGUAAAUUAUGAGCUUGAUAUUCAACGUAAUCGAGCUGAAACAAGUGAAAUAUUGAAACGAGCAGUGACAGAAACCGAUUAUGGACGCGCGCGUGAAAUGAUAAACGUUCAACUGGCAAAAAUUCGCUCGUCGGCGUCAGCUCAAAGCCCGUUAUGCCAACAACUGAUAAGUGAUUUAGAAUUUCAAUAUUCGAGUCAAAGAGAAUUUCAAACAACAAUGACAAAUAUGUACAUGCAGCACGGACAAGAACGUGCUACAUAUUCAACAGCUAAUGCAAUAAGUGCAAAUUGUUAUAUGACAUCGGGUCAAGAACGUUUUCGAAGAAAAUUUUUCUAA